GCUGCAAAACAACGAGUCACGUGACUCUUUGGAGCUGUUAUCAGUCCAGUUCACUACUUGCUUCUCUCUCCAUUCUUGGACUGACGCUCAGAGGAGAGGGUAAUCCAUGAUGUACCAUACACUCUUUCUUCUCGGCCUGUUGGCGUUGGCCUCCAGUUUACCUUGCGAUAACGCUGGAGCCAACCGUGAGCUGCUGCUUUCACUAAAUAAAGACCUUCUACGCUCUCUGGAGGGACAGGAAGGCCUUCCGAAUCCAAGUAUCCACUUGGCGUUACGGCUCUCAGACUUCCACAACCUUGUAAAAGAGGGGGAACACUUAACCCGACUGACAACUCAUUUACACAAUGAAAUUCAAAGCUUCCUCUCUGGCAACCAGCCGGUGGUUGGCCGCUUGGCAUUGUACGCUCUGGCCUUAAAGUCAUCUUGCUUUGACCUCAACACAGUGACCUUCACUGUAGGUGACAAGAGCGAGACGUUGCUGAUGCACCUCAAACAUCAGUUGGAACAAGAGAAGGAAUACAUUACAUUCAGCCAACGCCCUAGGACCAACUAUUACCAGUACUCGCUGGGUGUGCUCGCUCUGUGCGUUAGCGGCAUCAGGGUCGACAACCACGUUGUCAACAAACUCAUCCAGGCAGUUGAAAAUGAAAACUUUAAACAUGGAGACAUUGAGAGUAUUGAUACAUAUGCCAUGGCUGCAAUGGCCCUCCAGUGUGUGAAAAAUGCUGGUUGCGGUGGGACAAAAUCUAAUUGCAAUGUACACAACGCUGCCAAGCUUGACACAGCCUUGAGCAAGAUCAAACAGAAACUCUUGACGUCACAAAGAACUGAUGGUCAUAUUGGCAAUGAGUUCAGCACUGGCCUCGCAGUACAAGCUUUACUAGCAAUGGGCAGCCCAGUGUCUGAAUGCGCUGCCUCAAUGGAGGCCAUGAGAAGAGAUUCCAGAGGCAACAAAUACCACAACCCCAUGGCUAUAUCUCAGGUCCUUCCAGCUCUGCAGCAGAAAUCCUACUUGACAGUUCAAAGCAAGGACUGCCUCAAUGAAGAUGACACACUUGUUCUUGAGCCCACCGAUCCUGUGGUCAUUUUGCCCAGUAAAACCAAAGUGGCUGUGAUGGUAGAAGUGGUGACAUCCGCUGGGACAUCCACAGAUUACUCACUGGAUGUACCCAAGGGAAGCACUCUAUUGGAGGCCCUGGAGCUCCUCAAGGAAAAAAAUGUUGGCUUCACGUUUGAGAAGGAGUCAAGCCUGUGGGGGCCAUUCUUAAGUGUGGUGAAUGGAGAGCGAGCCAGACAGAGUGACCGUAGGUAUUGGCACCUCUCCUCUGAUGGCAUUGCUCUAACUGAAGGUAUCAGCGAUUUCAAAUUGGAAGCGGCUCAAAAGAUCACCCUAAAAAACACAAGCUAUUAACAAUGCCAUUAGUCAGUGUUAUUCAACUAUGAUUAUUUUGAAAUGCAGGCAAUGUUGAUUUUCAGUUCCAGUUCAAUCAUAUGUAAAUAAAUGUGAAUAAUUGUUGUAUUUCUUCCUCGGCAUUAUUACAUUUCGAAUUCUAUGACGAAUAAGACCUGAAUGUUUAAAUAUGGGAAAUUAACACAUUGCUUGUGUUAAGUGGUUUUAAUGGGGUUGGAUACUGAAACCUUGUAUCAAUUUGGUAAUGGUUCCUAAGCAACCGAAUAAAAAUUAAUAUUUUGGUGAA